AUGACCAAAAAGGUCAACGUUAAUUUCGAAGGGAAUUUGUCUUCUCUCUUGUCUUGUGAUUGUAAUGUUGAAGAACCUGGGAGAGUGGCUUUUGUCUCUGGCAUCAGAGAAAAUAACAAAAUUUGUUACGGAGAGUACACGGAAGUCAUCAAAUCUUUGAAAGAGGUUGUUGAUAAAUGUUUGUUCACUUGGGAGACUUUCCCUGUACAGCUUCCUAAAUCAUUCUUGUCUCUAGCAGCUUACGAAGAUUUAAAUAUAUCGGACCUCUUCUAUGAUAACAAAGUCGAAAAAUGUGAGGCGGCUGCCAGAAUAUGUUUUCGAGAUUUAAAUGUCGUAAAUAAGAGUCAACGACAGGAAAUCCAUACAGACGCACAGUUCGUUGUGCCUUGCACAACUUUCACGGGUGAAGUACAUGCAUGGAAAAUCUCUCCUUGGCUUCUGAAAGGAACUCGAAAUAUUUACAAACAUUUUAAUAGAGAUUUAUAUAAAGCUUUGUCUGUAGUGGUGGUAACUUCUAUGAAUUUCAUUGAAAAUCCGAAUUUCUCCAUCUCUCGAUCAUUGGUUGAUUUAUGCAUCUCCGUCUACUCUAUGCUAGAUAUCUUUUUUGGAUGGCCUCGAGUCAACAAUGGUGAUGUAGAUCUCAAGCUGCUUGAGGAACGACUUGGGUUUCUGAUAUGUGAGCUAUCCGUUAAAUCUAGUCAGAAGAAAAAAGUACUAGACUUCUGGAGUAUCUGCGAACAUCUAAGUAAAUUACCUUUUGAAAAGUAUGAGGAAAUUCCAGAAAACAUUCCGUUACCGUAUCGAUUUUUAACACCAAAUCGUGUUUCAGUUGAUCUUCGUCUUCAUGAUCCCGUUCUACUUGAACGCUGUUUACAUGUGAUUGGAGAUUUGGAGAAUUCAGUGCGAGGAGAUUGGUUCCAAGAUUUUAAAGAAUAUUCUGUCUCACAGUUUAGAGAUGAAAAGAAAUCAGUAUCUGAAGUUAAAAGGUUAGUUUUACUGGAUGGUAUGAAACAGUAUGCAAUACGACUAUUUGAUGCCAUUCGUCAAAGUGAAGCGUUGCAUGAAAUUAGUCCAGGGAUAGCUGAAUCAUUAAUUCAGGAAGCGAAAUUCAAGUUAAUUGUGACAGAAGCUAAAGAACUAUUUAUGCAAAAUUGGCUGUCAUACUGUCAGUCGCAUGAACGAAACUUAAAAUUAAGGAAUCCUGUUUUAUUUAAUAUUCCUAAAUGGCGUUCAAAACAGUGGUAUUAUGCAAAGGCGGAAUACCUACAGGAGCAUAAGUUGGACAUUCAUGAAUACGUUUUAUCGAAAUGCAUUUCAAAUGGUUUAGAAUCUUAUGCUUUUUUAAUUGGCCGUGAUUUAGCAUUUUUAAAAGAUCGUGAAUGUUUCCUACGCGAUCAAAUAUUUAAAAGCGCCAGAUUUCCAGAUGAAGAGUUCAUUUUUCAAGUUUCACGACGCUGUCUUCGUAAUGUUUAUGUGUAUCGUGAGGACUUUAGCUUAUCAAGUCGUUAUCAACUUGUAGAUACAAUAUUGGUCAGCUAUGAUUCUGAUGAAGAUUCUCCUAAUAAACUACCUACAAUUAAGCAACAUAUCAAAAGAAACAAAACUCAGAAUUGUACAACUGAAGUUAUUCCUUUGAUGUACCGAUUUCCGCGCAGUUCUUUUGCUAUGAAUACGUCCAAGGCAAAUAAAGGUGAUAAUUUCCCGUCUCAUGGUGACUUCUUCACUGAUAACAUUGUAGCAUCAAAUACAGACUUUUCAAAUAUUUUAAAUUCGCCUGAUCAUCGUUACCGAGACCCGUUACUCCCACUCAAAAGCAGUACUGACCAUGUGAAUUAUUCGCAAUCAAAUUUUGUCAUGCAAUCUACAUUAGUGUUAAAAGCUUCUACACGUCAUUUUAUGUGGCGUUGGCUUGUUUUCUUUCUAUGCACUUAUUCAUGGCUCAUCCGUUCAUUGCAAUACUUUUUUGUCAUUAUCCCUUUCCAGUCAUGUGUCAGCUAUGUGGUAUUGUUCAAGCCGACGUCAAUCUAUUACAUGUACAAAGUAGAUAAAAAUUCAGGUUAUGUAUAUCAUGACAAAGCAUACUAUAAUCAUACUUUAAUCAGUUUUCUUCGUCAAAUGUGGACUACGCUACGUAAAAAUAGGCAAAAUUUUGACCAUCAAUUGUUAUCAACUGGGAUUUUUCGAUGGUAUAUAAUACGACCAAUUCAUUGGAUCUGGACGUAUAUAAUUCGUGGUGUCUUGACAACCAUGGUUUUAAUAAUAUUUUGGCCUACACUAUGUAUUUUAUGCUCUACCACUUCAAUAGUAGUCGGUGUACUAUCGAUACCUGUGAUACCAUUACUAUCAUUACUAGCACAUUUACUUGGUUUACUGUUUUGGAAUGCAUACACACCGGUUCUUGGAUCUAAUCGUCUACUACCAUUAUUCGAGAUUAUUUUUUACCAAUUCUUGUUAAAAUCGAUCGUGCAAUUUUUAGUCAGUGUACUGUGUGCAUUUAUAUUAUGCCCAGUAUGGUUCCUACUUCAUCUUUUAUUCACGGUAACUAAAUAUCUACUGUAUACUUUGUGGGAUGCUUUUGUAUUUCACUUCGUGUUCAAACUAGUCACUCGUAUACCAUGUCAAGAGAAUUGUUCUGUAAAACGUUCUAAUGAUCCUAAAACUGUGCGAAGCAUUUGCUUACUGGCUCGACCUGAAGACAUUCUGAUUAUACUUAAUGUGCAAUUAGAAUAUUUGGAACUGAAUUUAUGGAGAAGCCAAAUGGAAUCUAUUGCUAAAAAGCCUAUCACCGUGUACACCGAUUUUUUACAAUCAUUAUCUUCCCUACCUAUAUCUGUGUUAUCGGACAACACUGUCGCCGAUACAUUAAAUACCAAAACUCGAUGUUGGCUCAACCUAAUAGAAAAGAGUUAUAAUAGGCGUGCCAAAGCUCUUGAAGUUCAAUCCAAGUCGAAAUUCUUUCGACGCAUAAAGUUAUCUGAUCGAAAUUUAAAAUUAACUCUUGAUUUAGGCUCAGAGUUAACUAAAUGUUUUUAUGAAUUGCGAAUUCUGCCUCGUAUACAUUUAUUGGAACGACGUACUGAUGAUUGGUGGUCGGAAUUUCAGCUUGAUGAAAAUGAUUUCACUGGUCUAUGUAGUUAUUUGCUGAGAAAUGCAUUCGGUGAACAGAUUUUCUGCUGUAUUACAGAAAAAAACAUUACCAUCCCAUUGCAGACUCGUGAUGCAAGUCUUGGUCAACGAUUUCGUGAAUUGAUACUUUCGAAUUUAAGCAAACAAAUUUGUAGUUCUUCAGCGCAUUCAGUAUAUGGAAACGAGGUUCAGUCAGUUACUGUAGAAUCUGUUAACCAUUUGGAAGAAGAAUCCUGUGAUCUCAUUGAAUUAGAUAAUGAAGAUGAAUCUCUUUCAUUAGAAAGUGAUAGUUGCGCUUCUAAACGGGAAAGAUUAUCACAACGUUGUACAGUCAUAGCUGUUUCGAGCAAGCAGGACCAUAGUGACAAUAAUAUAAAUAAUUGUAAUAAUGUGGUUUCAAGUUCAAAUUUCCCGGUCGAUUCUCAUAAUUCAGUUACUGAAACAUCUUGUGAUCCCAAUAGUGUUUAUGUUUCGCCUAUUGUACACAGCACUGUGCAUUCAGGAGGAUACGAACCUAAUCUGAUGAAGCCCUCAAUAAUUGAUCCGAUGUCUCUUAUUCACAUUGAUUUACCAAAUUUUCCUCUAUCAGUUUUUGCACCAAGAACAGUUCGAACUCUUCCAUCUCCUCUGAAAUCUUGUUCUAGACAAAACGUCCCAUCUGUUGAGAAAUGUACUCGCAAUCAUAACACAUCAAGUCAGUGUUCUUGUAUCUCAUUAACAAAAACCUAUUUGGAGAGUGAUUUUCACAAAUAUCUAGCUGAAACAUGGUCUGAUCAAUCGUUUGAUGAACUAAACUCCUUAGAGUCUGAUCCAUUAAUGCAGCACAAAGGAGCGAUGCAGUCUCAUCAUCAUAAGUAUUCAGCGGCUAAACGUCUGUUAUCCAGUUGGACAAUAUUGACUUCAGGUGACAAUGUUACUAAUGCGGACGAUGUUAGUACCAAUACAUGCGAUAAAGAUGAAAACCAGGAAUUACAUGAUAAAAUUCGUUCUUUGUUAAGACUUGAAAAUGAAGAAAAUCAAUGGUGUUAUUGCUGUGACCAUUGGUCUACAAGGAAUUCGGCUACCAUGUCUAAUAUUGACAAGUCUAUUUUUACAUUUCAGAACGUUAUUCAGCAUAUGGCUCGAGUUUAUCAUCCAUGUAUUAUCACACUGCUAAUGCAUUCAAGAGAUCGUGAAAACACUGUACUCGAUGUGAAUCAUCCACUGAUUCACAAACUGAUCCAUCAAAUCACUAAACCAAAAGCACAAAUGAAGUUAAUUAAAAAAAUUCAUGCUCACGAAAACAUUGUCGUGAGUGAUUUAACAGGUUAUUUGGAUUCUUCAUCUCAUAAAUCUGAUGGACAGUAUGGUUGUUUACGUAGAAAUAAUGGUUCCAAUAUGAAUAGUAUGUCGUUAGAUACCAUGAAUAAUGCAUCAAAUGAUAUUUUUCUUUAUUUUAAACAACCAAAACACUCUCAACAAUUUCUUAAGUCACCGAUCUCUACUAGUGGACUGAUACAUCAUCCUGAUUCAACCGCUCAUCAUAGAUGGUAUUCUAAUGUAAAUGUUAGUUUUACUAACCCUCAUUUUACUAAUAUCAGUAAUAAUGAUUGUAUUAAUAAUGUUAUGAAUCAGUCGUUGCAUUUUCAGCCAAACUGGUCAAAAAAUCACUCAUCACAUGAAGGAAUCUAUGAUUUUGCACAUUCACAACAGUAUUUUAUUCCUAUGAACGAAAUGGCUAAGAAAAGUAAUAAUAAUUAUGACAAUCAGAUCACUGUUAUUAACGAUAAUAACUUACUAAAUGCUUAUAGCUAUAGAAAUUCAAAAUGUUUUUGGUCUGGUCUUGAGAUUCCAACGAAUAAUCAUGAGGACAAAGAUUUUUCAGGCGGUACACCAACACCUAGUUUAUAUGGCACUGAAGAUGCAGCUACAACAGAUGAUUUAGACGAGACUGAAGAUAUCCUAUCCAUGUCAAGCAGUGUACAUCAUUCUGAAUUAGUUGAUAAUUUGCUUAAUAUAACUACACAGGAACAAGACAUUAUAAAUGACAUCAGCAAUCCAACUGUUACUCGUCCAUUGCGUUUACCUUUAGCUAUACCAGAAUUAUUAACAAUAUCAGCAACUACGGCUGGUAGUGGCGAUACUCAAAGUCAAUUGGAGAGUGAAAUUAUUGAUGAUUGUUCUUCGUUUGGUUUAACAAGUUCACGGUUGUCGAAUCCUAGACAGUCAUUAUCCUUCACUAUUGAUCCAUUGCCUUGUAUUCAGUCAGAGCAAUCAAAAUCUAGUCAACUUGAAUCACAUGAAAUACUAAAAAUCCCAGCUACAGAAUGUGCAUGUAGUCCAAUUGGUAAUUCGAAUAUGUUCUUUGAUUCCAGCCCAGCUGAAACUGUGAUUAUUAAUGGAAUGUUUGGAACUAGUAAAUCCAGCAGUCACCUAGUACUUCAAGAUCAAGACAUACAGUCAAUUGAAGAAAAUAAUUCCAAUUUCAGUUCAAAUAUUUAUUACGAUAACGAUGAACAACAUGAUACAAAAGACAUCAGUCAGGUUAAAUCGGAUUCAACAGUAUCGGAUGAUCAAAUUAAGAUUUUUGAAAUGGAUAAUGUUGAUGAUGAGGAAUGUGUGGAUGAUGAGCAUAACACUUUGAAAACUGUGAUCAAAUUGUUCUGA